UGCACCAUCUAGAGGUCACUUCAGGCAAUUUCAUAAUCUGCAGACGCAUUCAACAUGGCCGCUCCCUUGUAGACGUUUCUGGGAUUCCUGUUUGUGUGCAGUUUUCUGCAAACCAUGUGGGAGUUCAGCCACCAUGGAUGCAAAAGAAAUAGUCCACUGUGCUCUACAAAUAGAGAAAUCCAGUGCAGACAGAAGCUAUGGGAACAUCUUGACCCUCCUCGGUGACCUUGAUAAGUCACACAUCACAUCAGAGCAGCUGGAAACAACAGACAUUGUCAAAGUUCUCUACAGGCUGCUGAAAACCUGCUCUGAUGACGCCGUGAAGAGGGCAGCGAGGUGCUUGUUGUCUAAGUGGAAGAGACAGUACAGCAAAGAUACACGAGGUGUGAAAUGCACAGAGGAAGGCAAGGAUCCUGAGCUCUCCUGCAGGGUUUCUCUACCAGAUGAAGGGCUUUCCAAGCAGGGGGAUUCCCAAUCUAGUUCAGUACAGACACGUGACGGUGCUGUGGAGAAUGCGAAGGCCCCUGCGGAACAAAACGCUCCAUCCUUAAUGGCUAAAGAUGCAGAGAGCACUUCUGUAUCUUCUGAUUUCUCAUCUGUAAGAGCCAAAUGUGUUCAGCUCCUCCUUGCCGCCCUCAGCCCUGAACCUUCUGAACAGGACAAAGCUGCAGACCUGGCUGGAGACGUAGAGCAGCACAUCCACAAACUCCACACAUCCAGUCAGGUCAAAUACAAAGCCUGUGUGAGAAGCAAGGUCGCCAACUUGAGGAAUCCCAAAAAUGGACAUCUUCGGCAGGGCCUCCUGAGCGGCUCCCUGUCUCCUGAGGCCUUCGCCCGGAUGUCGGCGGAGGAGAUGGCCAACGUGGAGCUCCGGCAGCUGAGGGAGCAAUACUCAUCCCAGGGUGUGAGCGAGAGGCAGCUCCCUCAAGGUGUGGAGGGAAUAGAGACGCAGAAGAUCCGCUGCAAGCGGUGCGGCGGGUCAGACUGUAGGGUGACGCAGGUGUCCCGUGGUGCCCUGUUCCUGCCUGCGUGGGUGCGGCCGGGAGGCCCUGAUGAGGACGCAAUGACCUUUGUGACCUGCAGCAGAUGUGGGCAGCAGUGGUACCACAGCAGCUGGGUCUGCCUCUAAAUUAAAGGAUGGGUUCAC